CUAGUUUGCUUCCAGGAAAAAAAUGGCCCAGUUUUUUGGAUUUUAAAUUCUCUCACAGACCACCAAAUCCUGUAAACGGAUUACCAGUACGUAGAAUAACUCUAAAAUCCUCUAAUUGUUUGAUAAUUAUGGGAGCCUCCAAUCCAGCAGCUCAGUCUGGAGCAUCUGCCGUUGCAGGCAAGCAACACCCUUCUACCCAGAUGACGAUUUUCUAUGAGGGAACUGUGAAUGUUUAUGAUGAUAUUCCUCCAGAUAAGGCACAGGCCAUUCUAAUGCUCGCAGGUGGUAAGAUGCAAAGCAAUUGUGGGUUAAUGCGUCCUCCACUCACAAAAUCAGUCCCUUUAAUGAAUUACAGCCACUCCAUUCCAAAAGUCUCAGAUCUUCAGCUUGAGAGGAAGAAUUCUCUACAACGUUUUCUCCAGAAGCGAAAGGAGAGGCAAAGGGCAAAAGCUCCACAUGCAACACAAGGAAGGGCAAGCUAAAUGGAGUUGAUUAAACACUGAAAUAAAUCAUUGGAUGAGUUGUAUACUCCCGUUGUUUAAUGUUCUUGUCAAUGAAUGCCCAUGGCUACUAUUCUAAAGUUUUAUAAGCUUGCUUGGUAAAUAUCAAAUUUUGCUGAGAAACAAGCUCAGAGAAAGUUUUGAUGGUCUUUUAGCUCACAAUGAAGUUUUAAGUUUGGUGAAAUGUUGUAUAAUGUUGUUUUUUUAAUUCCUUGCUUAUCAAUCAAGCUACGCUUGCUUUGAGCAAACUGCA